CGGGGAGCCGCUGGGCACACUGCGCGCUUCGUUGGGCGGAUUAGAUGAGUGAGACUUCACGAUGAGGAGCGACCCUGUAUUAUUCACUUCCAGCAGGGCGAUGGAGGAGCUGGUGUGUGAGCUUCGUCUGUUCCUGGACCUGCUGGACAGGGAAUACCUGAGUGCUGGGGUUCGAGAGAAGAAGAUGCACCUCUCCAACAUCCUCCACAGAGUCCUCUCAGAUAAAGAGCCUUCAUUCAAGUCAGAGAUCCACAGCGGUCUGCCAGCUCCACCUCAGAUGCCCCUCCCUGAAAUCCCUCACCCCUGGCUGCCUCCAAACAGCGGCCCUCCUCCUCUGCCCAGCUCCUCUCUACCAGAAGGUUACUAUGAGGAAGCGGUUCCUUUAACUCCUGGAAAGGCUCCUGAAUACAUCACAUCCAACUAUGACUCGGACGCCAUGAGCAGCUCCUAUGAGUCUUAUGAUGAGGAAGAGGAGGAUGGUAAAGGUCAGAAGAUGCGUCAUCAGUGGCCCUCUGAGGAAGCGUCUAUGGAUCUGGUGAAGGACGCCCGGAUCUGUGCAUUCCUGCUGCGCAAGAAACGCUUUGGCCAGUGGACCAAGCUUCUCUGUGUCAUCAAGGAUAACAAACUGCUGUGUUACAAAACCUCCAAAGACCACAACCCCCAGAUGGAGCUGACCCUGUCUGGUUGCAGCAUCACUCACAUUCCCAAAGACGGCAAGAAGAAGAAGCAUGAACUGAAGAUCGUCCACCAGGGAGCGGACGCCCUGGUGCUGGCAGUGCAGAGCAAAGAACAGGCGGAGGAGUGGCUCAAGGUGAUGAGAGAGGUGUGUGUUAAUGGGAGUGUAGACUUGGAUGGAGCUGGAUCUGGAUCACCAGUGCACAAGCCCGAACUGGAAAAGAAGUCAUCAUGUGAGAGGCCGAGCUCCGACGGUGAGGUGCCCCAUGAGAAUGGACACAGCGACUGCAAGGACCAAGGAAAAGGAAAGAAGAAUUCUAAGUCAGAGCAGAAGUCUGGGACGGUGGGGAAGGGCGCGGGGAAGAAGAUCACUAAGAUCAUCGGGCUGGGAAAGAAGAAGCCAUCUACGGAUGAGCAGACCUCGUCAGCAGAGGAAGACGUACCUACAUGUGGCUACCUGAACGUCCUGUCCAAUAACCGCUGGCGGGAGCGCUGGUGCCGUCUCAAAGACAACCAACUGCUCCUCCACAAGGACCGGGACGACCUGAAGAGCCACAUUGCCUCACUGCCCUUGCGAGGCUGCGAGGUCAGCCCCGGCCUCGACCACAAACACCCCUUCGCCUUCCGCCUGCUUCGCAACGGCCAGGAGGUGGCUGUACUGGAGGCCUCCUCCUCUGAGGCGAUGGGUCGCUGGUUGGGAGUUUUGUUGGCAGAGACCGGCUCCACCACCGAUCCUGCCACCUUGCACUACGACUAUAUUGACGUCGAGACCACUGCCAACGUCAUCCAGCUGGCCAAGCAGUCCUUCUGUUUCACCAGUAAGCGCGCUGUCUCUCCUAACCCGUACCUGGACAACCCAGUCAACGGCUACGCCUGCCCCACAGGGAUGGCUCUGCACUACGAUGACGUGCCUAUUAAUGGAACACUGAAGGGAAAGAAGGGAACUACGACCAAUGGAGUGGCGUCAAAACAGAAGGCAGAGCCAAAGAAUCAGCACAAGAAGAAUGGAGUUAAUGGGACGAAUGGGACAGCAUCUCUGAAACGGAACAACUCCAAUGCAGAUCAGUGUAAGUACGGUAAGAACCGCGUGGAGGCCGACGCCAAGCGGUUGCAAGCCAAAGAGGAAGAGCUGAUGAAGAAGAAGCAAGAGAUCAGGAACCAUCUGACCCAUCUGAAGAAGGAGAGGAGAGAUCUGCGUACUGCUGUGGAGAAUUCCUCUGGCAAACGUUCGCAUGCCUCCCUGUCCGAGCGACUGAAGAAGGUGGAGGAUGACUGCAGGCAAAGGGAGGAGGAAAGGGUGAACCUGGAGCUGGAGCUGACAGAAGUGAAAGAGAGUCUGAAGAAGGCCCUGAGUGGAGGAGUCACCCUUGGCCUCACCAUUGAACCGAAAACUGGUUCCUCUGGCCUCCAGUCACCAGCGAUGAUGCGUCGGACCCAGGAGUCUUCUCCCUUCUCUAGCUGUGACACCAGUGACACUGAGUCCUGCUCCCUGCCGGUCAACAGUGCCUCACUGCUCCGCCGGCAGCAGGGCGGCCAGAAGGCCUCACCAGUCCGGGGACACGUCCUCAGGAAGGCCAAGGAAUGGGAACAGAAGAACGGCACAUAAACCACUCAACCCCUCACAUCAGUCUCAUGUUAUCUCCUUUUUUUUUAAUUGUGUAUAUAUUUAUUUAAAACUGUCCAUACAGUCUAAGAGCAUGUUGAGGAGGACACAAGCAUAGCAUUCACAUGAACCAAAACAAGUUGCCUGUUUUAGUAUAGUGUUAGUACCACAACAUACAGACAUAGCAACCUUUUUAAACUUUUAUACUACCCAGCAUGCUUAGAACACAAAGUUGUGCAACUUGUGUUGUCUGCUCUACUUUCUUCUUCAAGCAACAUUCAGUCUUUUUGUUUCCUUUUUACUCAAAAUCUGAUUCAGUUUGGGUUCAGAAAGGUCAAAACCAAGUAUUUAUUUGUAAAUGUUUAAAGGAGAUAGUAGCUUCCCUUUGUUUAUUUAUGUUG